CCAGCUUUUUAAUUCAUAUUCAUUUAACUCCUCGGCGUGAAUUUCUUUUAUUUAAGCUUAUGUCGUACACUUGUUUUUUAUUCUCUAUUUACAACCACAGCAGGAAGUUGUUUGUAAAUAUAAAAGUAAUAAUGAGAAACUGUGUGUUUGCUGAAUUAAAAACAAAUUAUGUUGGCUAAAUCCAAAAUUUGGUUUACAGAUUUCUUUAAAAAAGCCUGACUAAUCUAAAUAGCAAAAUUUCAAAUGAAUUGACAAUUCCAAAACAAUAUUUUAAUUCAGAGUGACACUUUUUCCUGCAAAACCAGUUUGCUCUUUGUUAAACUGGGUGGUUGGCUUGUUUUAUAUUUCCCAGGUAAGGUGUUGUCUUGUUACGCAUAAUCUUUUUCUUCAGAAAUUAUUUCAUCACCGCUGCCAGUAACAGGUCACUAAAUGAACCAUAGCACUGAGGGUAGCCUUUGAUGACACUCUGUGUUUUGGCUUUCUGGGCAGGUAUAGUCAUGUGAAAUAAGUGAUUAAACUCACUGGCCUUUGAUAGAAUGUUAAAGGCAAGAUAAUCAGUAAAAGUGCAGCUUUUUACAUAAGAACCAAAGAAGGGGUCAACAACGCAAUAACUUACAUGAAGUUAUGGUUCUUUAAGAUUUAUAAAAAGUAACUGACUGCAGAAGAUGGACAUUCAUACUGACAAGGUAGGCGGUGAUGGCAAGUGCAGCUGUGUCUACUCUCCAGUAGCUUGCCACCAUCAAAUGCAAAUGCAAUUUGCUUUUUGGGCCCCGUGGAUUUCAAAAAGCACUACACAAGUACAGGACAUUUACCAUUUCUGCCAUUUUUACUAUUAAAAUAAGAGUUGUACCUUUCCACUGUAACCAUGAGCUUAGUCAGCAUAAAAGGUAGCUGCAAAGUCAAUGACUGAAUACUGAGUUUCAUUAAACAGUCAGGUGCCAAAGUAAUCUACGUUUCUCAAAAGAUAUGGUGCUGCUUGCUGCCUUGAAUGUUGUUAGUGCUGAAGUUCUUAACAGGAAGAGGAACCCAUAAAUCAAAUUCUGCUUAAAGCCCCAUGUAACAUUGAGCCAGCCCUCGUUACGAUCCUUCAACUACCUUUUAACAGUACAAUGCUAAGAAAACAAGAAAAUUUCAAAAACUUUACUAAUAAAGGAACAUUUGUCUCCCCAGUCAAAAUUAAUAGUGAACAUGUAGAGCAGGUCAAAAUCUACAAAUAUCUAACAGUUGAAAUUGACAAUAAAUUGUGUUUAAAUCAUUGUGCAUACAUUAAAUAUAGGGAACACCAACAGAGGAUGCACUUUCUCUGAAAACUAAACAUGUUGAGAUUAGAUAGUAUUCUCUAAAUAUUUUUAAAAAGCUCUUUACUGAGUGCUUGAUUGGACUUGUUUGCACUUUUGAGAACAGAACAUUACUAUUUCAACAUUAAAUACAGCUGUUCACCCCUACAUUGUUGCCCAGGGCAGAAACAUACUUCCAACUGGCUGUCUGAGUCACAAUCCCCACCUACCAGUACUCCCUGCGAAACCACCUUUUGUGUAAUAUGAUUGUUAAAGAAGACAUUUCCAAAGUAGGGUGCUGUUGUUUUGUUUACACCUAAUUUUUUUUUUCUCCAUGAGAAUAUAUACAUUUGUCAUUAAUGUCUAAAAGGUGUGUUGACAUAGGAAACUGCUGUCACUAUUAAAUAAAACUGAAAAUACUUGAUUCUCUUAACAACAUUUUAUUAAAAGUUAUAUAAACCACAUUUAAAAAUGGUUUUAAAAUGGGACAAUUAAAAUAGGGUAAACUGUAAUUUGUAAUUUUUGUAAUUUAUGAUAAAUAAUAACCUAGACAGCAAAAUCUAUAUGUUCGGCUCCCUUGUAGAGAUUUGUAGAAUUACUUAAAUUGAAUUAAUCUUUUUAGGUGUAUUCUGUCAGUGUGUCUGCAUAUUGGCAUAAACAUGUCAUGGCAUGUGUUAUUACUGAAACAUCUUUGAAAAGUUAAUAAAAUAAAUAUAUACAAAAUUUGUGUUUAUCAAAUGCAUCAGUGAUACAAAUUAGUGACAAUCAUGAUGUUCCUGACAUAAUAUUUCACAUCUGUAUUUUGUUUUGAUACCAAAAGAUGGCAAUGAAGCACAAUGAUCUGGUACAAUCAGUCAGAUUGUAACUGGUGGUCACAAUCUGACCACCAGUUAAGCCCGACUGCCUGGAACUUCGUAGACAUUAGAAAUUCAAUCGACAUGUGCACCACUCCUAAAAGAUCAAAGUGACUAGCCCUCAGAUAUCAAAGCAAUGACCCGAUGAUAAACAUUAAGAACAUUACAAAAGUAACAUCAUUUCUAAGGAAAAUAAUGAGUUCAUAGUUCUUCAGAUUACGCACAAUAAAAACACACACACCCAGUUUCAAAGUUUUUUUGUAACUUGUCUUAAUCAUCAUUUUGCAGUGAUCUAACAUUCCCACCCACUCAACAUUGUCAUAUUCUUAAAGCUCACUUCAAGAUCCAACACUGUCAAUGAACAUAUUCAAACACAGGCUGUUGUGUGCAGGACUGACAACGUAUUGUUUGAAUCUAAUAUGGAAAUGAAAACAUUCUGCCUUUUCUUUAUCCUGGUAAGUGAUUAGAGCUUCUGUCUUUUUAACUGAGGUGUCACCAUCAUUUAUAAACAAGUUUUCUUGUUAGGUAAUUCUCUGUAUUGCUUGAUAAUAAUUUUAUUGUUCUGUUAAUUUGUCUGAAAUUAUUAGAAAAUGUUUUACCAAAGUUACAUAAGUUUAUGCGAUAUGCACAGUGUCUUGGAAUCCAGCUGUCAGUAUCAGACAUACUGCUGCGGCAAAAGAGGAACUGGGUAAUAGAAACCUUUACUUUUGAUGAAGGCUAUAAUGGACCUUAUCCAUUGUAUUUGGGCAGGAUUAAUAUUGCAACCGAUAUAAGACUUACUGAAAUACAUGGGCCAGGUGUUGACAAGGAACCUCUGAAUUUAUUCAAAAUUGACAACAAUACAGCAAAGAUCUGGGUCAUGCAGCCAGUGGACCGUGAGAAACAUGAUCAUUUUAAGCUGAUAUUUCAGGCAUUUAAAAAAGAAAAGGGUGAUAUAAAUGAAGAAAUGGGAAUUAAUAUUGAUAUUAUUGACACGAAUGACAACGAACCAAAAUUUAACAAUCACAUGUAUGAGGUCACCAUAGAAGAGACACCAUCACAAAGUACUGAGUUGAUCAAUGUUACAGCAACAGAUCAUGACAGUACCGAGGAGAACAGGAAAUUUAGCUUCAGUAUAGAGUCAGUGAGUCCGACUCCACAGAACUUUGAAUUCAUUAUAAAUGAGGAGCCUGAUUCUGGAAACGGGACCAUUUCAUUCAAAGGGUGUCUGGACCACGAGAAGGCACAGAAAUACACCCUUAUUGUGAAAGCCAGAGACCAUGGACAACCGAAACCACUCUCCAGUUUUACAACAGUGAUAAUCAAUAUAGCGGACGGAAACAGACAUCUUCCAGUGUUCACAAAGCAAAAAGGCGAAACAAGUGUAAAAGAAGGACUGCAAGGUGUACUCAUUUCACGUCUGCAAGUUACAGAUGAAGACACCACAGGUACAAAGGCCUGGAGAGCAAAAUAUAAAAUCCAAGGAGAUACAAACAACAACUUCAGAAUUGAUACUGAUCCUGAGACAAACGAAGGUCUACUCUAUGUGCAAAAGGCUCUCGACUAUGAGAAAGAUCCUUUGAAGAACAUCAUCAUCUCUUCAGAGAAUGAGAUUCCCUACUUUACUUGCAAAGUCAUAAACCGCAAUACUGCUGGUCUUUGGGAAAUUAAGACUGUCAAUGGUAGCACUUUCAGUGAGGCACAAGGUGUAACUGGAACAAAAGAAAUGCGUUUGUCCACCUAUUACCUGACAGUGAAUGUUGAGGAUGUCAAUGAACCCCCUGUCUUUGAUCCAUCAAACAAAACGGUUACCGUAUUUGAGGAUGUUGCGUUGGGUUACUAUUUGGAGAUACUAAUUGCUAAAGACCCUGAUGUUAAUGGUGCAAAUCAAAUCCGAUACAUGAUUGGAGAAGAUCCAGCUGGUUUUGUUACAGUGGACUCCAACUCAGGAAAAAUAACCACAUCAAAGAGUUUAGACCGAGAGUCACAGUUUGUUAAAGAUGGACUGUAUGUCAUCAAAAUAUAUGCCACUGACAAUGGUGAACCGUCCCAGACUGGCACAGCAACACUCAGCAUCAAGAUUAUCGAUGUAAACGACAAUGCUCCAUCCUUGGACAAAAGCUUUAUUGAUAUGUGUCAAAGAGAUAAAAUCUCAUCGGUUAGUGUCACAGCUUUAGAUCCAGAUACAGAACCAUACAGUGGGCCUUUCUCGUUCAAGCUUCUUGGAGAUGUUAAGGACAAAUGGAGAAUUGAUCCUGAAAAAGGCUAUUCCUUCAAGCUUGUGAAUGAACACAAUGCUUCCCAAACAAUUAUGAUUUUUGGACAUUAUGAGUUGCAGCUAGAAGUGUCAGAUCUCCAAGGAAAAACAGCUGUCCAUAGCUUGUCAGUUAGUGUGUGCAAAUGCUCCAAAACAACUAAGCCAGACUGCAGACUCCAGAAAGAUACUGGAUCCAGACUCGGACCAGGAGCUCUGGGAAUUUUAUUUUUAAGCAUUAUACUGUUCAUAGGCUUUCUGCUUUUAACUUUUCUGAUGUCGUGUAAGCCUGAGAGGAUACCCUUCCCAGAUGACAUUUCAGGGCAAUAUUUAAUGAUGAGUAACACAGAGGGACCUGGAUCUGAUUGCAAAUUGCCUUUAGGAAAACUGGACCACAUUGGUCAUGGACGACAGAAGCAGGUACCUCAAGGCAAGCCAUUGAUAGUGAUGCCGACUAUAGAUGAGCAAUGGAUGAUUUCCCAUGGAUCUUCUAUUUCAGGCAUGAAGAAGAGACAUCAGCAGCAAGAAAUAAAGAAAGCAAACCAAAAGGUUAGGAUACUACAAAGCCAACAUGUUUUGGAAGAGCUACUGCUUAAUCUAAUGAAAACAAAAGUACUCACUUUGGAGGAAUCGGGCAAGGAGUUGGGUGAUUAUGAACCUGUCAUGUACGCUGAUGAGGGAGACUCUGAGCACAAGUUUGAACUUGAUACUCUCUCUGACCCUGGAGUUUCCUUUGACCAAGACAUGGAAUUGGAUUACAAGUUUUUACCUCUGGCCUCAAUCUGUUCACCUGACAUUGUUGCCCGAAGCACAGAAACUUACUUCUGUAAAGAGCAGAGUUUGGUACAGCAGGACAUAUUUAUUUUAUGAAUCUAAUGUUUAAUCUCUUGAUUUUUGUAAUGCAAGCAAUCUUGAAAUUAGCCAUACUGUUAUUUAAAAAGCUUAAAAUGGUCUUUGAACAAAACUAAAUAUGUAGAAGUGAACUUUUUGAUGUAAUUAUGCCCAAAACAUAGAGCUGGAGGCUAAAGAUUAACAGCAUUUUUUACAUCACCUAUCUGAAAAGAAACUAUUUGAAGGUGGCAUUAAAAGAUUGUCAGCAUUUGUAAAGAAAGGCCAAUAAAAACUGCACUGACUGAUGUGUGUUAUUGGUCUAGUUAAAAAACUGUACAUACGAUUCCAAUACUGUUUGAUGGAUGUGCUUGUGCUGCUUGUAGUUCAUAUUUGGACAGAAAAUAAACCCGCUGAGUGUUGUACUUGGGAUUUUAUUGUGUAUAAUUUACUGUAAAAACAGGGAAUUGUGUAAAUUUAUGAAAAUAAACAAGUACAUUUUCUGCUUAUUCA